AUGGCUUCAGACUGGGUACUUCAUCCUGAAAGCAACCGAUGGGUUCGGUCCAUCUACAAUCAUUCUGGGGGCUAUCAUUACGAAUGGGACCAUCCGGGUGGCAUGUUAACUCCUGCAACAUCAGAUCAAGGUUCAAGCGUCACGCCGCGCCAACGAAGCACCGCCGGGUCCGCGUUUCCCAAAACCGAAAAUGCAUAUGAGCAUCAGACCCCAUUUGUCCCAGGACCAGGACGUUAUGCAGGUCGUCUAGAUCAUGUACAGCAACAGGACCCGCUCGAUUACGGCGAAAGGUAUACCAAUGAUCGAGUGGAUUUUAAUCACCGAUCCCCGACCAUUGGAUACCAGCAGCUCACCACUCAACGUGUGGAUGAUGGCAUACACCCAGUCGCAAGAGCAGUAAAUAAAAAGGCGAGGAGUCUGCCUGAAUGGAGCCCAGAAAGGCAGUACGAGGUAGCCCGAGAAACAACCAGUCGCAGAACUGGCCGUGCAAGCAGAUCCGACCGGGGCAAAGCCACCACCUCAUCAAGCAGUGCUGCAUCCAUUCCGCGAGUCCACGUGGAUGAUCUGCAAGGAUUGAGUCUCGUGGAUCAUCCAGCCUCGCAUAUGGUGCUGCCCUAUGGGGCCAGCAGUCACAGUCACCGCAAUGACCCCAUUCUCGGGGAUGCCCAACGAAAGUAUGACAAGGACGUGCAAAAGUCAUCAGAGCCAGCAUACGUGAUUCCCGGUAGUAGCGGCGAACGUGAGACGCUGGAUCCUCGCUACAAGAGGCAAAGCGAUCCUCGGAGGUUUUUCCGAGUUGGCAGGGUCUUUUCCAUGCUCUGGCAUGAGAAUGCUGGCUGGAAUGGAACUGUGCUUAGCGAGAGAGCGCCUCAAUCAUCAUCAAGCCCUUUUACCCGGGGCAAGUAUCAAGAGCCCAUAUACAGUAGCAUCCGGCGCAUGGUAGUGGUCAAAGAGCAGAAAGGCUGCUGCUGGUGUGUACCCAUCACUACCUACAGUGGUCAAGGCGUGGCCAAAGCUGGAAUCGACCGCAGCAAACAUGCCGUCAUUCAUAUGCGAGGCGAUAGACCUCGGACUGUGCAGUCAGAGCCCCGGAUGGCCAAAGAGCCAUUGGAGGUUGAUCCUUCCAGGCCUGAUCAAAAGCUGGACUGCAUGUCACGAGUAAAUUUUGGCAAGGUUUAUACCGUCGAGCACAAUGUUAAAGUCCUCCCCGUGGGCAAGAUCACGGAAGCGUCUCGGGCGAGAUUCCUAGAAUACGCUCAGAGUGAGUUUUUCGGAUAG